AUGCUUAACAGGAUCUUCUUCGUUUGCCUUUGCCUCUGUCUCUACAGUGCGGGCUCAGCGAUGAGCUGCAAAUGGAUGGAUCAUAAAUUCAAACAGUUCAGCGAGAACUCUUUGGAUCUACUAGAUAUGAUGGUUCAUAACUCCACCAACACCACUGAGGAUGCUGAAGUGGAGGAGAAUGUGGCCUUCCCUGAAGAUCUGUACAGCCAGGCAUCACAAGCCUCAGCUCAGGACAAACUUGGAUUUACAGUGCAGGUUCUGAACGGGGUGGCUGACCUGUUUGAGAAGGAUUACAGCUCUGCAUCAUGGGAGGAGAGACGAGUGGAUGACUUUCGCAAUAUUGUGACCCAGCAGGCUGACGGCCUUCGCUCAUGUAUUGCGAGCCACAGCCCCAAGAAGAACAACAAGAAGCUGCACAUGUAUUUCAAGAGACUGUCAACAAAUGUCCUGAAAAAAAUGGACUACAGUGCUGAAUCCUGGGAGCUGAUCAGGAAGGAAAGCAAAAAUCAUCUAAUGAGAUCAUACCUGCUGAUUUCAUCUCUACUCACCAUCAACUAG